UACAUCCGGUGUGGCAGUGACGCGGGCGGAAGUCGUCACUCCGUGUCAGCAGAUAGGAAAUGGAGAGUGAAGGGGCCUCAUCGAUACAUUAGCAGCGGUGAUUGUGAUCGAUUACUCUGUUGAUGGUGGACUGAAGCUGAUGAACGGAACCCAUGGAGCCCCAUGAGGAGAAGCCCAUCAUCUACACGAUGGAGAACAAACCUAUAGUGACCUGUGCGGGCGAUCAGAACCUGUUCACAGCUCUGUACGGAUCACUGACCCAGCAGCUGCCCAGAGAGCCCAUGGAGUGGAGGAGGUCUUACGGACGAGCACCGAAGAUGAUCUAUCUGGAAGCUAAUUUUGUCCAGUUUAAGGAGGAGCUGCUUCCUAAAGAGGGCAAUAAAGCGCUGCUGACGUUCCCCUUCCUGCACAUCUACUGGACCGACUGCUGCGACACGGAGGCGUACAAGGCGUCUGUGAAGGAGGACAUGCAGCGCUGGCAGGCGGCUCUGCGUCUGCACGGCUCGGUGGAUUGGCUCAUCGUGGUCGUGGAGAGCGACAACAAGAAGAAGAACAAGACCAACAUCCUGCCGCGCACCUCCAUCGUGGACAAGAUCCGCAACGACUUCUGCAACAAGCAGAGCGACAGGUGCGUGGCUCUGUCCGACCCGCUGAAGGAGUCGUCUCGCUCGCAGGAGUCCUGGAGCUCGUUCCUCACUAAGCUGCGCACGCUGCUGCUCAUGUCCUUCACCAAGAAUCUGGGCCGCUUCGAGGACGAGAUGAGGACGCUGCGAGAGAAACGCACCGAGCCCGGCUGGAGCUUCUGCGACUACUUCAUGGUGCAGGAGGAGCUGGCGUUUGUGUUCGAGAUGCUGCAGCAGUUUGAAGACGCUCUGGUCCAGUAUGAUGAACUCGACGCUCUUUUCACGCAGUAUGUGCUCAACUUCGGCGCUGGAGACGGCGCUAACUGGCUGGGCUCGUUCUGUCAGCCGGUGCGGAGCUGGAACGGGCUGCUGCUGCGGCGGCCCAUCGACAUGGAGAAGCGUGAUCUGAUCCAGAAAGGAGAGGCCAGCCUGCUGGACCUGCGCAGCUACCUGUUCUCCCGCCAGUGUACGCUGCUCAUCUUCCUGCAGAGACCCUGGGAGGUGACCGCCCGCGCCCUCGAGCUGCUACACAACUGCGUGCAGGAGCUGCGGCUGCUGGAGGUGUCUGUGGUGAGCGGCGCUCUGGACUGCUGGGUGUUUCUCAGCUGUCUGGAGGUCCUGCACCGGAUCGAGGGCUGCUGCGACCGCAGCCAACUGGAGGCCAACUCCUCCCACACCGUGGGCCUGUGGACCUAUGCCACUGAGAAGCUGAGGUCUCUGGGCGAUCUGUGCGGUCUGGUGUCCGAGAACGGCCCAAACUCUGAGGACCUGAACAAAACCGUAGACCUGCUGGCUGGUCUGGGAGCAGAGAGACCAGAAACAGCGAACAGUCCUCAGAGUCCGUAUAAGAAGCUGAAGGAGGCGUUAUCGUCUGUGGAGGCCUUUGAGAAACACUAUCUGGAGCUGUCUCACGCCGCUAUGGAGAUGUACAGGGCGAUCGGGCGGCUGCGUUCGGCUCGGCUGGUGGGGAAGAGUCUGGCCGAGUACUACAUGAGGAAGGGUGACCCUCUGAGCGCUGAGAACUUCCUGCUGGAUUCUCUGAAGUCGUACGUGUCGGAGAGCUGGAGUUUGCCGCUCACACACACACGCAAACAGAUCGCUGAGUGUCAGAAACAGCUGCAGAAGAUGGAAGAAUACCUGCAGACGAGCGCUCUGCUGGCCAGCGACACCAACCUGAGCGAUGAAGAGAGGAGACACUUCUGCCAGGAGAUCCUGACCUUUGCCAGCCAGACCGCAGAGGGCAAAGGUCAACAGAAAGACGCGCGUGUGGCUCUGAGCAUGAGCUCCUUCACUCGUCUGCAGGAGCUGCGUUUCCGUCCGUCCUCGGCGCUGGUGCACGUGAGCGCCGCCCUGCAGCUGGAGCUGCGUCUCUGCAGUCUGAUGCCCGUUCCUGUGACGCUGGAGCAGAUCUCCGCCAGCAUACACUUCACACAGGAGCAGCCGGGCUCCACGGCACAGAAGCGGGCCGCUCAGAACCCCGACGGCACCGUGACCUUCCCUGCGGCCAGCCCGGCGACUGCGUCUGCGUCUGCGCUGGAGCUCUGCGAGAUCCUGGAGCACAGUCCGUCUGAGAGCGCGCUGAGCUCCGCCGGCGUGGCCUGCAGGAACAUGCACCUGCUGCUGCGCCGGAACGACAGCGCCGCCUCGCUGGACACACCUAACACCGCACUGACCGCUCUCGCUCCGGAGGACGGCGCGCAGAUGCUGAGGGCCAGGGAUGUCACGCUGUUGCCUGGCAACAACAGCAUCGUCUUCACCGCACCUAGUCAGAAGCCGGGUGUGUAUACUCUCCGGCAGCUGUGUGCGACGCUGGGCCGAGUGCAGUUCAUUCUGCCACAUCUUUACCCUGUGGUUCAGUAUGAGGUUUACUCUCAGGAGCCUCAGCUCAGCAUCCAGCCGCUCACAGAGCACCUGUUGGCUGGUUUGCCGCAGCAGGUGAAGUUCACUAUCCUGACGGGUCAUUAUUCGGUGAAGAAGGGCGACGCUCUUCAGCUCAGUAACACUGACUCCAUGCCUGUGCUGCACUCGUCCACAUGCAGCGCCCGCAUCCUCAGCAGCUGCGCAGAGCUGGUGGCUGAAAGCGCUCUGUCCGUCCAGUCGUCUGAGAAGGUGACGAGCAUCUCUCUUCCUGUGACGCCGCCGUAUCACACGCUGGAGUUCCUGCUGGACGUUCUGUGUCAUAUCCCAUCAUCCCCGGCGCGGAUGGAGAGCGAGCGCCUCACUAACGGACAGAUCAGUCAUCGCACCCGCAGCCGAACGCGCUUCAACAGCGGCAUGACCGUCAUCGACCAGAAGGUGUCUGUCGACUGUCCCUGGUCCAUUUACUCCACGCUGGUCUCUCUCACCUUCCACGUGCCCUUUAAAGUCAAACACUCGCUGCUGUCUGCAGGACGGAGGAAGUUCAUCCAGGUUUGUCUUCAGAAUGUAUCAGACACUAACUUUCGUCUGACCAAUCAGACGCUGACUGAGAAUCAACACACACCGUCACUGGAGCUGCUCUCUCUCAACACUAAAACACACAGCCUGGUGAUCAGUCAGCAGUGUGUGUUCAGCGUGUGGGAGCUGCGGUGGAGCGAUGUGUCGCCCGUCUCUCUGCACUGUGUGUUCUCAGCUGCUUUCGCUCCUGCAGACGCUCCGGACGCGGCGCUCAAACCCUACAGAUACGACUUCACUCUGGAGCGCGUUUCGACUCUGUUGAGCGUGUGGGCAGAGAUCCGGCCGGCGGUGGGAGAGCAGCUCUGUCGCACCGGGUCUCUCUGCAGGCUGGAGGUGUCUCUGACGCGUCUCUCUGAACCCAGCGACUCAGACGAGGAGUACAGCGACGCGGACGGCCUGCGCACCACCAGACUCCUGUAUGAAGUGAUCGACAACAACAGUAACUGGGCGGUGUGUGGGAAGAGUUCAGGGGUCGUUUCCAUGCCGGUGGCUGCCAUGGCAACACACAAGGUUCACAUGGAGGUCAUGCCACUGUUCGCGGGUCACCUGCCGUUUCCCAACAUACGUGUGUUUAAAUACCUGCCUCACCACAGCAGCCCGGUCAUCCCGCCGGACACAGACUCGUGUCUGGAGAACGACAGUCUGUCUCUGCUGGACAAGACUCUGGAGGAUCAGGCGGAGACGGCCAGUCUGCGCAGCCGAGGCAGCGUCCAGUCUCUGGGCAGCGGAGAGUCUGCGCAGCCGCGGGGCCCGAUGCCCAAACGCCAGGCCUUCGGUCCGGGACAGGUGUUCAACGGCACACAGGGCCAGCAGGUGCUAGUGCUGCCCUCCGCUGACCAUCACCUGAUGGAGGUCAACGUCACAUGACCCAGCAUCACAAACGGACACGAGACUCGCCUCCGUCACACGCUUCAUGAGACACGCCGGACCUGCUGUCUCUCAGACAUCCCAUAAUGCCUUGCAGCCCCUCCUCUGUGUGCUCAGGUGUGUGUGUGUGUGAGAGAGAGAGAGAGAGAGCGAGAGCGAGCGACACCUGCUGUACAUAA